UUUGCUUGUCUUCUCGCCGGGACAGCCUGUCCCCGACCUUGGGCCACGACUUCCCCCGGCCGCCGGAGGACCACUCUUCAGCGCAGCUCCGUCGCCCGAGGACCAUCCCCUUCGCUCCGCCAUGUUCCGCGCCGCGUCUCUGCUGGUCGGGCUCUUGGCAACGGUCGGGUCCGCGCUCAAGCUGGCUCCAUACUUGAAACCUUGCUCAAGAAACGAUCCAAAUUUAGACGAGUGCACACUGAAACAUGGAAUUGAAGCAAUACCACAACUUAUUAAAGGCGACCCGAAGUACGGCAUCCCGGUGCUCGACCCCGUGGCGAUCACGGAGAUCCGCAUCGAGGAUCCCGACAAGGACAAGAAGCCGACGGGCAUCGACAUCGUGCUGCGCGACAUCCAGAUCCGCGGGCUGCAGCAUGCCGUGCUCACGAAGGCCCGGUACGACCUGAAGGGAAAGAAGGUCGAAGUAACAGCGGACGUGCCGAAUAUUUGGCUGACGUUCAAGUACGAGAUCGACGGGAAGAUUCUGGCGGUUCCCAUCGUCGGGAAAGGAGACGGCUCGCUGAACAUGAGCAACGUGAAUUUAUUCUACAACACUCUCAUCAGCCUGGUAAAAAAAGAAGAUGGCUUGGAAUAUAUGCAUGUAGACGACUUUAAAUUCAAUUACAAAACCAAGAACACGGUCUGGCACUUGGACAACUUGUUCAAUGGCAACAAAGCACUAGGCGAGUCCACCAACGCCUUCCUGAACGAGAACUGGCAGCUGCUGAACUCGGAGCUGGGCCCGCACUUCGCACAGGCCAUAGGCGAUGUCGCCAAGCAGAUCAUCGUGGGCAUCACGAACGUGGUGCCGUACGACGAGUUCUUCCCGGAGAAGGUGUGAUCCAGAGGUCCUUCGAGUCCACAAACAAUACUUCCUGUGCUCUUAAAAAAGACUCCUUUGGAAACAUGUAGCGAAGAAAUAGUUGUAAUACUACAAUAAAUAUAUUGUAUCAUUGUACAGCACA